AUGUUGCGAGCGCCGAUCGCCAAAUUCAUCGAAACGCUGUGCAUUUCCGGAAUCGAUGUAAUCGUGGAGAAAAUUGAUGUAAUUCGUCUUAAUAGGAAUUUCAACUCGCUUAAAAAUCUAACAUUCGAAAACGUCAAUUUUCGCCAUGUCAAAUUGGCGGGCUUCCCAAAAAAAUUGAAUAGCUUAAAUUUCAUCGCCUGCUGUCCAUAUAUAGCAACAAAAACAACGCAAAGCGUGUUCGGCGUCGAUGCCAAAUAUGUCGAAUACGAAGAGUUGAGAUUUGAAAAAAUCUCAAAAAAUGUGUUUGAUAAGGGCUUCAAAAUUGAGAGAAAAUCGAAACCCGCAAAAAAAUCCAAAGACGAGAUCAACCUUCUCGUGUAUUCAACAUUCUUCAACGUCCUCGAUCAAUUGCCGAAUUUAAAAAUUCUCUCAUUCGAUGGUUCAGAGAUUCCAAUGAUAUAA